CAGUAGAACAAUACCAGAUAACGUGGGAACAUGAGUGCAAUGGCGUUCGCGCGGCGCGGCCCCUCCGGCGACAGUAUGAGAGUACACGAUUAUUUGUACGAUUCGGCCUUCAUCGUGUCGGGCGCCCGUGACUACGCGCGGGCCGCCUUCAAAGCUGCCAUGGCGUCUGCACAAAUUAAUAUACAGCCGCUGUACAAGACCAUGUUUUCGGAGCUGAAAACAGCGCCCAGUGCACAAGUCGUAUACCACCCGAACUGCCGCCUGCCCAGCCACCUGGACCGCUCGUACGCGGCCUACGUGGCCAGAGUGGAGAUAGACCGCAACGCACCGAUCCCAGAACUGACUGGCAAGGAUCGCUACCGCUUCGCCGCCAAGCCGAAGAAACUUCUGGACAUGGCCAGCGUGACUCCGCAGUUCUACCCUCCCACGCCAGUUGUCCUUGGUGACGGACGGCCUAAGAAUAAAGGGACUCAGAGCAAAUACAGGGAGUCAUCAGCGCAGACAGUCCCGUGGCAGCCGGACGGCAAGCAGGCGGAGGAUUGCGAGAACGCACCUGAAGUGCUUUAUCUGGACAAGCUGGAGUGGGGUCCGGGGAAGCCGUUCCGAGUCGGAGACUUGCCAGCCGAUUUUCACACCACAGAGAUCAUAAACAAAAUGCGUCACGCCCGCACAUGGACCUCGGUGGUGGAGAGCGCGCAGUUCCCGCGCUGGAUGAAGGGCCGAAACGAUAUCAUCAACGACGUGGAGACCAGGGACUGGAUCUUCAGAGAGGCUGAGAUCGACGAGCUGCAGGACAUCAGGCUGGAGCUGCUGCAUCAGCUGCAGAAGCAGCAACGCAGCAAGCAGACAUCACGGACUAAGAGGAAGCUGCAGAACCUCUGGCUCGAGAAGAAACAGGAGGUGGAACGGCGCGUUGACCUCAUCCGGAAGACUAGAGACAGAGAGAUCCGCAAGCUGACGAUGGCGCACUCGUACGGGCGCGAAGGCCUAGUGGGGCGGCUGCGGGGCGCGCGCGGCGGGGGCUCCGUCACGUACACGGCGGCGGACCCCACGUCCGACCUGCACGCGCCGCAAGCGCGCCACGGGUACCAGGCGCGCAGGAAACACGCGGUCAUAUACUACGAUCCUUCGCUGUUGGCGUUUGAAGACCACGAGCACCUCUCAAAGCCGCCAGCCUGGCUGGACCAGUGCGGGCAGAACCUGAAGAAAUCCUGCUCAGGACACCACCUACCGAGGGAUCUUAUGCAGCUCUGUGAACGCGAAACUAAGUGGAGCGAGGAGUUUUUGGAGCAGUUACAUAAUGAUCUGAAAAAGGCGCGUCUCGGCGCCGGCGAUAAACAUUCCGCCGGGCCGCUGCGCGUGCUGAAGCCGCGGCGCGUCGCCCUCACCCCGCGCCCCGCCACCCCCGAGGCGGACGCCGUGCCCGACAGCGACGAGACCUGCCACCAGGCGGCGCUCACGCUGCAGAGGAUCAUUAGGGGACGAGCCGUACAAUGCCUGAUGUACGAAGGCCGUACUCGCGCCGCCGAGCUGACCGAAGAGCUGAAGACCACACACGGUCUCCAGAAGGAGGAUAAGAUUCACAUCGCCAAGGAGGAAGCCCGGGCUCGCGACUACCACGUGGUGCAGACCCAAGCAGAUAGAGAGGAGACCGCCAUAGCGACGUUAGUGGACGAGCUGUGUGGGAGCACGGUGUCGGCCGCGCUCGACUUUUUGGAGAAGGAACUGCGAAGACUGAGGGAGGAAAGGAGACAGCAUGCCUUCUUACUGAUUGCAGUCCGUGACAAAACGAUGCGAGAAGCGGCCGAGGCUGGCAGGAGACAGAAGGAGGAGCACCGCCGGCGCGAGCACGACCAAAUGUUCAGACAGAUCAUAGGCGUAACCCAGGAGACAGUAGACGCGUAUCUCCACGACGUGAUCGCAGAGGGGAUAGAACUGAGUGUGGAGGAGGAGGCGGUGCGUCGCGCUGAACGGCGGGCCGAUGAGAUUGAAGGGCAGAUGCAGGAGAACGAGGCUAUGUCGACAGCAGAACAGAACGAGCUGGUAGCCGAGCUGGUCCAGCAGUUCCUGCUCCCCGAGGCCCACAAGUGCGCGUCCAGACACCGCGUGUCCGCGCUGCAGAGCGCCAGGACCGAGGCCGCCAGGAAGGCCAUAUUCGGAUUAAUCGACGAUGCUGAGAUUAAAGAAGCACUAUGCAUCCGCUGCGGUCAGCCUUUGGACGAGGAAUGCCGCUGCCUGUCCUGCAAGAUCACCAUGGAACCGAGGGAGACAGAGCAUCGACAAGACCCGCGCUGGAAGUACACCAGAGGUGCUCCCAUCAAGCGUACGAAGACCACAGGGGAGCGUUUCCCGCCCGCGCACGAGGCGCGGCGGCUGCUCAACGCCAUCGUGGAUGACGCGGUCUUGGAGGCUCGUCGUCGCUACGGCGACCGCCAGUUCAUUCGGCGCGAGUACACCGGAGCCCUACGCGAGAUGCUGGAGGGCGAACUGGAGGCCAGAGACCUGCUCGGACACGUGCUCGACCUAGCCACCGGCGUGACUAUGGCGCCCGCUCGCCCGCGGCGGGACUACGGUUACGUGAUGAGACGGAUACAUGAAGACGCUCUGGAGCGUACGGAACCUCCGACGGUACACGAGCGGAUGGCGCUGCCCUCGGAAAUGCGCGCGCGCGCGCUGGCCGAGGAACUGCGCCGCGACCCGCGCUGCCGCUGCCUGGACACGAAGGAAAGAGUCAAGUUUGUUUACAGUAACAUAUCGGAGAAAGAGAAACAGAGGAUGCUGCCAUCAGAACUGAGAGAGUUAGAAGACAUGCGGCGCUGCAAGUGCGAUAUACCGACCCCUACACCCAGUCUACCCAGUGCCGUGACCUCGCCAGAUGACGUCGACAAGGAGGCUUCUAAUGUCAGCUCUGAGGUCAAUGACACCAAGUUAGACUGA